UGUGAGAGUCGUGAAGCUGCCGCUCUCGCCACGCAAGCUAUGAAGUCUUCGCUGCUCGCCACGGUGGCUGCGGCUGUCGCCGUAGCGGCGCCGCUGCUGCUGCUGCUGGCCGUGGGGGUCGUCACCCCCGCGGCCGUGGUCGCUCGCACAGAGAGUCGCGGCGAGGAGGGGGAGGUGCAGGGUCUGCGCCCGGGGAGAGAGCGCCGGGAAGAUGAACCAGAACUGGAGGACAUCUCCGUGGACGGCAUCGAGCUGCACAGCCUGCACGUGGAGUCGCGCGUGACGUCCCGAUUCGUCGACACCGUGACCACGGCGCGCCUCAAGAACCGCGGCGGGCACUCCCGCGAGACAACCUUCCUCGUCCAGCUACCGGAGCACGCCUUCAUCUCAAACUUCACCAUGGUGAUAGACCAGGAGCUGUACGUGGGCGUCGUGAAGGAAAAGGUCGUGGCCAAGGUUCAGUACGAGAAGGCCAAGAGCCAGGGACAGUCGGCGGGACUCGUGUGGCAGCUGGGCGACACCACGGAUCGCUUCAUGGUGUCGGUGAACGUGGCGCCGCAGAGCAAAGUGACGCUGCAGCUGGGCUACCAGGAGCUGCUGCGCCGACGCCUCGGACGCUACGAGCUAAAGCUGAGCCUGAGGCCGCGCCAGCUGGCGCACAGCUACAAGGUGGACGUUCACAUCUACGAGCCGCAGGGCCUGCGCUUCGUGGACGUGGCGCCGUUCCAAUCGUCCCAAGCCGUCAACAUCACCAAGGGGGAGCACAAGGCCCACGUGUCGUUCCACCCGGCGCUGUCGGAGCAGCGGCGCUGCCCGUCGUGCCUGCAGACGCGGUUCGACGGGGACCUCGUGGUGCUCUAUGACGUGCACCACGACGCAAGCACCUUGCAGAUCGUCAACGGCUACUUUGUGCACUACUUCGCCCCCGCCAACCUGAGCCCCCUGGCCAAGAACAUCGUCUUCAUCAUCGACGUGAGCAGCUCCAUGUGGGGCACGAAGCUGAAGCAGACGAAGGAAGCCCUGCACGAGAUCCUGGCUCAGCUGCGUCCCGACGACCACUUCGGCCUCAUCGAGUUCAGCUCCACGUCCCAAGCCUGGCGCGAAUCCAUGCUGCCCGCCUCUCCGGCCAACGUGCAGCUCGCCCAGGAGUUCGCGGCCACGCUCAGAGCCCAGGGAGCCACGAACAUCAACGACGCGGUGCUGGCAGGCAGCGCCAUGCUGCGGCGAGCACAUCGAGACGAGACUCUGCCACGCAACUCGUGUCACCGUGUCACUAACACGUCACUAACACGUGUCACCCUGUCACUAACACGUGUCACUAACACGUGUCACCCCGUCACCGCAGCCACGAACAUCAACGACGCGGUGCUGGCAGGCAGCGCCAUGCUGCGGCGAGCACAUCGAGACGAGACUCUGCCACGCAACUCGGCGUCGCUCAUCGUCCUGCUCACCGACGGGGACCCCACAGUCGGAGUGAGGGACCUGGGGCAGAUCCGAGACAACGUGCGCAUGGCGCUGGCUGGGGAGGCGUCUCUCUUCUGCCUGGGGUUCGGCCAGUACCUGGACUACAACUUCCUGGAGCGCAUGGCGCUCGAGAACGGAGGCCUGGCGCGGCGCAUCUACGAGAACGCCGACGCUCCGCUGCAGCUGCAGGGCUUCUACCAGGAGGUGGCGACGCCGCUGCUGGCGCGGCUCCACGUGAGCUACCCGCCCGGGGCGGUGAGCGACGUCACGCGCACCGACUUCGACAACUUCUUCGAUGGCACGGAGAUCGUGGUGGCCGGGCGCCUCGCCGACAACAGCCUGCAGGCGCUCGGCGCCACCGUGGAGGCCCGCGCGGAGGCCGGUGACCUGACGCUGACCAAGGAGACCCCCACGCAGAGGCAGACCUCCCCGGACGACCGCACCAAGUUCAUCUUCGGGGAGUUCACCGAGCGGCUGUGGGCCUACCUCACCAUCAAGCACCUGCUGGAGCGCAGGAGCAUCACCCAGGACGAGGAGGAGAAGGGGAACGCCACGGCACGGGCGCUGGAGCUGUCGCUGAAGUACGGCUUCGUGACCCCUCUCACAUCCAUGGUCAUCACCAAACCCCCUCGGCCUCGCAAGCAGGCGCCUACUGCCAAGAAACUUGAAAAAAACUCAGCCAAGCGUCCAAGCACCUUCGUGGACAAUGACCCGCACGUGGUGGUGGAGCUGCCCGGGCAGCAGCAGAAGAUUUGCUUCAACAUCGACGAGGAGCCGGGCACGAUCGUCAACCUCAUCGACGACCCCACCAACGGGCUGGCGGUGGACACCGAGCUGGUGGCGGCGAAGCGCGCCGACGAGCGCACGCACAAGAUGGCCACCUACUUCGGGCGCGUGGGCGUCCGCGUGGGGGCGGCCGGCGUGCGGCUGGAGGCCACGACGGAGGCCGUGCGACUCACGGACGCCCACGGCUCCACGAGCCUGCCCUGGGGCGGGAACAUCACACUCGAGAGGGUCGGUCUCACGCUGAAGAUGGCGCCGCGUGGCCGCUACCUCGAGGUGCUGGAGCUGCGGCUGCCCACCGGCACGCUCCUGAGCGUGCGGCUGCACCGCGUGUGGCCGGGACACCCGGAGCACCGCGACUACCUCGGGGUCUACGUCGCCGACCCCGGCCGACUCUCUCCCAGCACGCACGGCCUGCUGGGUCAGUUCCUGGUGGAGGAGCCCGAGCUGAAGGUGUGGGGGGAGCAUCCGGGCCUGGACCCCAACACGGUGGACGCCUACAUGCAGGUCAAGGGUCACACGUUGACCGUCACCAGGGGCGAGCGCGAGGACCCCACGGGUGCGCGGAACGUGUCCUGCUGGUUUGUCCACCACCACGGCGCGGGUUUCAUCGACGGGCGGCACGCCGACUACGUCGUCCCCGACAUCUUCAGCUUCCUGGGUCGGGCUCUCCUCGGGGCCUAAGGGGGUGCUGUGGGGUCGCGGCGGGGCCACGCACAGGGGUCGCGAGGUCAACCGACGACCACGAACGGAGGCCGCCCGCGUCUCGGCGGGGUUAACGCCGAGGCACGGGUCGGGGUCACGGGGUCACGGGGUUACGGUGAGCGGCGAGGCUCGGGGGACAGCAAUGGGGGCGGGGGGGGGGGGUAGGGAAAGGUGAUUCGGAAGUUAGCUCAGGAGGGCUCCCGAAGGAGCUAGUUGGUAGGAGCGAGGGAUAAAGGUCGAGGUUAGGCUGAAGGUCAAGAGGUCGUCACGGCCAAUGCUGUCGCUGCACGGUGCGGGGUUGGCCGGGAUCCCCACGUGGGCCACGUUUCCCCGCUUGUGACGCGCUGUGCCACGAGGCUGUGUUCUAUCAAACACGUUCAUUGUUAUUCGUGAACGUUACGUUACCUUUAAUUAAAGCGGCCGAGAGCCCAAUGAGA